UGAGACGCUCAGAGGGAGCCCGGCCAGCUCGGGCUGGUCCGGGCUGCGCUGGGCGGCCCGGAGGGAGCGCGUCCCGGGUCACGCCGGCGCCCGCGAGCGGAGAGCGGCGGGGAACGCGCUAUGGACCCCAAGGCGGGUAGCGGCGAGGAGGAUGACUGCGUGGACUCGGGCGCAGAGACCGGAGGGUCUGACUACAGCCACAUGUCCUCCACCAGCAGUGAGCUCUCCGUGGAGGAAGCGCAGGACCCGUUCUUGGUCAGCAUCCACAUAAUCGCAGACCCAGGGGAAUCCCGACCCCUGCAGGAGGCCAUCGACAAGGUCUUGGCUUGGAUCCACCCAGACCUCCAGCUGUUCAGGGUCUCUGAAAGGAGGGCGUCCCGGCGGCGGAGGAAGGCCCCCAAGGUGGCGCAGCCAGCCCUGGCGGUGGUCCUCUUCCUGCAGGAGGAGUACGGCGAGGAGCAGAUCCUGCAGCUGCACCGCACGCUGCAGCGGCCGCCCUGGCGCCAUCACCACACGGAGCGCGUGCCUAGCAGGUUUCUGCCCUACCUGCCCUGCAGCCAGGAGUUCUUCACCCUGGCCCCUGGGACGCCGCUGUGGGCCAUCCGGCCUGUGCACUACGGCAAGGAAAUCGUGCGCUUCACCAUCUACUGUCGCCAUGACAACUACGCCGACAUCCUCAAGUUCUACGAGCUGAUACUCAGGCGGAGCCCCAGCCAGAGGAAAACGGACUUCUGCAUCUUCCCCAUUUUCUCCAGUCUGGAUGUGGACAUCCAGUUCUCCCUGAAGAGACUGCCCUGUGACCAGACCCCGGUCCCCACUGAUUCCUCCGUGCUGGAGUUCCGAGUCAAGGACAUUGGCGAGCUGGUGCCUCUCUUGCCCAACCCCUGCAGGCCCAUCAGUGAGGGACGCUGGCAGACGGAGGACCACGAUGGGAACAAGAUCCUUCUGCAGGCACAGAGGGUACACAGGAAGUGCCCUAAACCCAGCAGAGCUCACCAUGCCUCAGAGCAGAAAGCUGGGUCCGCGCCUUCUCCGAGUGCCGCUGCACAGAGCCGGACCCCUGGCAGCGGCCCGCAGCCCCCCAUGGACACUUCAGACCUGGGGCUCGGCCAGACAGGCCUGCCUACGCGGCAGCCGCAGGACUUCACCAGACCAGCCGGCAGCCCUCCCAGCCUCCCCUGGUCUUUCCAGAGAAGCAAGUCCUUGUUUUGUUUGCCCACGGGAGACGCCUCCCCGGCCUCCUCAGCCGAACCACCGUGGUCUGCAAACACAGACGGCCCGGGGCAGAGGGCGUCGGAGCGGAGGCACGGCCACCUCCUCCCCAUCGAUGACUUACAGGGGGCCCAGGAGACGGACGUGGACACGGGGCUGCGGCUCUCCUCCUCCGACCUGUCCGUGGUCUCUGCGUACUCUGCACCCAGCAGGUUCUGCAGCCCCACGGAAACACUGCUCCCCUCCGAAAGAUGCAGCAGCCUCUGGUCAGAGCGCAGGGCUUCCAGAGAAGGACCCCUGCCCGCUGGGGGCGGCGUGACCACAGAGGCCUCCUGGGCUGCCCUCCCUCUGUCCACCAAAGGGCCUUCCAGCUUCUCGGCCACAGCUGUCACCGCUUCCCCAGCUUCCGACACCUCCUGGCUCACAGAGUCACCCCCAGAACUCCCUUAUGAUGCUCCCGACGCCCAGCAGACUGGCAGAGGCGUCCUACCACCCUCAGUGCUGGCCGGACGCGGGGGCAGCGACGUGGAGGAGGAAUUCUACAUCUGAACGCACCCCACUCUUGUCUUUCAGACCCACAGGCUCAGGUGCCCCUGCCCCUCUGGGGUCUGCACGCCACCCGUGUUCUCAGCCCCGCUUCCCCAGGUCCCUCCGGAAUCUAAUUCUCUGUCUCACGGGGUCAUUACUAGCAUGUUUGACACACCACCCGUUCUUACCUGCGAGGUGGUGGGCUCAGUGGAAAAAUACUGGGAUUUUUAUGCAAACAAAUUCUCAACAAACUUAAGGCAUAAAAUAUAUGUUUUGAAUACUCAGUCCCAUUUGAGAUAUGGUUUGGUGCACUUAUUUAAAUGCUUCAUAUAAUUAUUUGAAAUGGAAAGAAAACCUAGUCAGCUGGAGCUGAUUUCACAAUUUUUCAUGCUGGGAAGGAAAAACAAAGCCAAAAAACGUUGAAUGUGAGAAAGAUACCAAGUGACUUGUAUGAGAGAUUAGUGCACAUAAUUCCACCUUACUGGAUUCUUCAUAUCUGUUUACCUUACCAGGGAGCAGUGGCCCUGAGAAUUUCCAGGUACCGUUACAGUGAAAGGAGUCACCUUGAUAAAACAGUAAACUUAUAUCAGACUACAGUGAUACCUCACUUUGAUGCCACGCAACAUCUGCAUUUACACAAAAGUAGCUACUAUGCUUUAUAGAGAUUCAGCCUGAGUUAACAGACUCUUGGUGCAUUUAUAAUAAGAUUUUGAGUUCCAAAAACUAGAUUUGCAUACAUCUUUCAAACAUAUUCACUGUAAUAGUUGGGGGUCUACAGAAGACUCCACUACCUAGAUUUGUCUGGAUCAAUGAGGAAGAAUCGUUCUUGGAGUUACAGAAUAGUAGGGUAUUAGACAUAGUGGGUAGGUAUUCUUAAGUUGCUUCAAUUUUUAAAACCACAAUCCAAGGGCUAUAUAUACACAGCUCUAUGUAAAUGACAGGAGCCACAUCUUA